GACCCAACCUUGCAGGCUGGCCUCCUGGGCACUGGCCCGUGAGUUUCCAGCAGGUGCUUCCUCCCCAAACGCUUCCAUGGGGCCAAGGCAAGAGCCACAAAGGUGUCGAUGGGACCGUUCCCCAACCGACGCCGCAAACUCUAGAAAGUUCAGGAUGGUGGUGGCCAGGAAGCAGGCCUGCGAUGGCUCCACCCCUGGGAGGGCGCAGGAGGGUGCUGGCCCAGCCCUGAGUGGGCCCCAGGAGCUGUGGCAGCACAAAGGAGACAGAGCCCAGCACGUCUACACCAUGUCCUGGACUCCUGUCCUGCUGGCACUCCUCGCCCACUGCAUAGGCUGUGGCUCUCAGCCGGUGCUGAGCCAGCCGCCAUCCAUGUCCUCGUCCCUCGGAACCACAAUCCGCCUGCCUUGCACCUUGAGCAGAGACCAUGAUGUCGGCAUUUAUAACAUCUACUGGUACCAGCAGAGGCCCGGCCACCCUCCCAGAUUCCUGUUGAGAUAUUUCUCCCGCUCAGACAACAACCAGGGCUCCAAGAUUCCCCCUCGCUUCUCCGGAUCCAAAGAUCUGGCCAAGAACACGGGGUAUUUGAGCAUCUCUGAGCUGCAGCCUGAGGACGAGGCUGUGUAUUUCUGCGCUGUGGGGGCCCAGGGCAUGGAGAAGGUGAGGGAGAUGAGGAGAGAAGAAAAGGAGCCUGCUCCUCCAGGGUCCCAGGCUCCCCAGGACACACUUACCGUGAACUAAAGACAGCCGGGCAUGCGUCCUCAGGGAGAGGCGGGUGCGGACAUGGAGGGCUCGGGCCAUGAGCUUCACAGGGCUGAGGAGAAGAGUCCCCGCUCAGCUUCUUCUUGUCUGGCAGCAUUGCUUAGGCUCCCCCUCACCUCUGAAGGCCGGAUCGGGGGAUUAAAGUUGCUUGUGUCUUGGGCA